AUGAGGCCAUUCAGAGAUUCAAUCACAACCCCCAUGCCAAGGCAGUGUGUCGCACCAACAUCGAACGCGCCUCACUCGAUAGCGCCUUUCCCCGGCCUUGGCAUCACCCCCUUGCCCGUCUCUUCAGGAAUGGAGAGCAGCAAGGGUUCAAUGCUAGCUUUCUUGGCUUUUAAACAAGACAAAAUAACUCCCAUUCUUACCCCAUCUUUUCCUCUCUCCACUCUCACCUUCUCUCUUGUCUCUCAGCCUACCGGGCACCCUUCAAAAAUGGCCACCCCGACAACCUACGCCCAGUUCACGCCCCCGGCAUCAUGCGGCAUCGGCAAGGACCUCUACGCAGUAGAAAAGACCUGCUGGGCGUAUGACACCCGCCCCUCACCCACCGUCACAGUCAGUCCCCCAAAAGUGCCCGAGUGCACCGCCGUCCAGCUGGGAGACCCCUACGACAGAUACAACCCAGACUGCUACGCCGCCUGGUCCUUCCGCCCCGGCGGCGCCACCGGCGUGAGCUACGUCGGCUGCCCAGUCAGCUACACCGUCGCCACCUCCACAACCUGGCACCCGUUUUGGAGGACAGUCGACGGCACAAGAACCCAGGCGAUCGACGUCGUGGAGAAAAUUGUCCACUGCUGUCCUGAAGGUGACGUCAAGUUCACGUACUUUGACGAAGGGCGUAGAAGCAGCACGUUUGUGCACGAGGGGAUCACCUGGAGGGCAGAUGCGUAUCUCAUGCCGCGGUGCAGGGGGACCGUGAGGGGGGAGAGGAGGACGGUCACCUUGACCGAGUACACCGAUACUCAGGGGUGGGAGAAGAAGAAGCGGGACGUGGGGUUGCGGACGGAGGUGUGGGAGGGGGAUAAGGAGGUUUGGGCUGGGCAGGAGAGUUAUUCUGCGACUUACUUUGCGGAUGGGCACACUUGUUAUGGGAAUUGUACAAAGUAUUGGCUGGAGAGCUAUACCUCUCCGGUUUAUGUGCCCACGACCAAGGUGGAGGAGAGUGAGGUGGUCACGACGACCACUCCGGAUAGGGAUGACGCUACUACUACUGCUGCUGGUGGCGGCACUGUCACUGUGACGAUUCCUCCUACCACUGGGCCGGGGACUGGUGGGUUGUUAGCCACUCCUACACAAUCUAAUCAGGUACCCGUGCCUGCGGGCGGAGUGGUGGGUAGGGGCAGUGUGAGAGCUGGGCUGUUGGUGGGUUUGAUGGGGGUUGUUGCUGGUCUUGUGAUGUAG